AUGUUUGGCAAUACACUGGGGCCGGAAGCCGCCUACCGUUUCGCAAAAGGUGAAACAGUGACGUCGAGUACCGGUGUGCGCACACGCCUUCUUCGCCCACUCGACUUUCUGGUAGUCGCCGAUCACGCUGAAAACAUCGGACUAGCGCCGAUGAUUGCUGAAUCAAAUACCGAUCUCCUGAAAAGCGAUUGGGGGCGCCAGGUCCACGAUCUGGUCAAGGCUGGGAAGUUAGGUGAAGCCUAUGCAGCAUGGGGCGGAGCCGUAUCAAAGCGUGAGGAUCCUCUCGCUGAAUUAGGCAGUCUUACGCGAUCGAUGUGGGAACGUGUAACAGGGGCCGCGGAAGAACAUAACAACCCAGGAAAAUUCACUGCUUUCAUCGGCUACGAAUGGACAUCGACUCCAAAGGGCAGCAAUCUUCACCGCAACGUCAUUUUUCGUGAUGGUAAAGACCUUGCAGAUCGCACCGUACCUUUUUCGGUUUACGAUUCAGAGGACGCUGAAGACCUGUGGAAAUGGAUGGCAGGCUACGAAGCCAAAACCGGUGGACGCGUACUUGCUAUUCCACACAAUGGCAACCUCUCGAACGGUAUGAUGUUUGAUGACGUUACCUUCCAGGGGCGCAAGCUCACACGCGCAUAUGCUGAAUCCCGCUCACGCUGGGAACCGCUUUACGAAAUUACUCAGAUGAAAGGCGACGGUGAAGCGCACCCCAGCUUGUCACCUAACGAUGAGUUUGCGGAUUUCGAAACCUGGGACAAAGGGAGUUUCGGCAGUGCAAAGGAACCCGACAUGAUUCCACGCGAAUAUGCCCGAGAAGCGUACAAGCGAGGCCUUCAGUAUGAGCAGAAACUGGGCGCCAACCCAUUUAAAUUUGGCAUUGUCGGCAGCACAGACUCACACACCUCUAUUUCAGGUACUACCGAAGACAACUUCUUCGGCAAGGUCACCGCAGUUGAGCCGACCGAAAAACCAAUUCGCUUCGAGGAGAUGAUCACAGGCUACCUUCCAGACCCGCAAGGGCGAGACUACACGAUGCGUCACUAUCAGGCUUCAGCUGCAGGGCUGGCCGCAGUGUGGGCACGAGAGAAUACUCGUGAGUCGCUCUGGGAUGCCAUGAAACGCAAAGAAGUAUUUGCCACUACUGGCACCCGCCUUCGCGUACGCGUGUUCGCGGGAUGGGAUUUUAAGGCAGCAGAAGUAGAUCGUUGGGAUUUUGCGAGGGCUGGUUAUUCCCGUGGUGUACCUAUGGGUGGCGAUUUACACAAAGGACCCUCAGGCCAGGCCCCUACUUUGAUGAUCCGAGCCCUUCGCGAUCCCGACGGUGCCAACCUCGAUCGUGUUCAGGUUGUCAAAGGUUGGAUGUCCAGCGAUGGUAAAACCCAUGAAAGAGUCUACGAUGUCGCAGUAUCGGAUAACCGCCGCAUUGGGGCGGAUGGCCGCGCCAGGACGCCAGUAGGUAACACAGUAAACGCUGAAGAGGCUACGUACACCAACUCAAUCGGAGAGCCAAUCCUGUUUGCCUUCUGGCAGGACCCAGAGUUCGAUGUCGAACAACCCAGUUUCUAUUAUGUGCGAGUGCUGGAGAUACCGACACCGCGUUGGACGACAUACGACGCCAAAUUCUAUGGCGUAGCGCUCCCCGAAGGAGUGCCAACAAGCCAUCAGGAGCGUGCCUAUACCAGCCCGAUCUGGUAUGCCCCGCCGGACACACCGUUUCCCUGGAACACCUUCGUGCUGGCAACCGAUGGCUGUGAUCAAAAGUUUCCUCAAGGUAGCUACGAACGAGACAACAUCAUUGUGACACACGGCCAAAUUGAACAUCUCGAAGCUACGUUCACGAAAACCUGGCAGCGGCCGCCAACAUCAUCAGAAUUGAUCGCUCUCAUUAGCGACAAAGUACGCGAAGAAAUAUUUUACCGCGAAGCUUUAGUAAUGGGAUUGGAUAAAGACGACGUCGUUAUUCGCCGGCGUCUGCGCCAAAAAAUGGAGUUCAUCUCAGAGGAUGUGGCUUUGCGAUCAGAGCCUACAGAUGAAGAACUGAUCGCCUAUUUGGAGACUCAUCCAGAAAAAUUUCGUGUCGAGCCACGAUUUACGUUCCAGCAAAUAUACCUGAGCCCGCAUAAACACGGAGACAAUCUAGCGCACCAUACAGCGCAGCUUCUCACCACAUUAGCACAAGCUAACGAUGAUGAUUUACCGCAACUUGGAGAUCCUUUGAGCUUACAGUUGACUCUGGUCGAUAGCCCACUUGGGGAGGUUGCAAGACAGUUUGGAGAAGCGUUCGCCAAAAACCUCGCGGUUUUGCCGCGUGGCGGAUGGCAGGGGCCGCUUGAAUCCGGUUAUGGCUUGCAUCUGGUGCGGGUCAGAAAGUUCACUCAAAGCGAGCUACCAAAGCUUUCUGAAGUCCGCGAGAUAGUGCAGCGUGAAUGGACCAAUGCACGUCGAGAAGAAGCUAACCAGAGCUUUUAUGCGACACUACUCGAGCGUUACAACGUGAGUAUUGAGUCGCCAGUGCUGUCCUUAGAGAAUGCCGAUCUGGCAAGUGCGCAAUGA